AUGAUUUUCUUCAACUUCCUCCUCUGAGAUUUCAACAUGGAGAACAUCACAGAAGUGACUGAAUUUGUACUGAAAGGCUUCACAGACAACCCUGACCUGAAGAUCUUAUUCUUCUUCCUGUUUCUAGUGAUUUAUCUUUUCACUGUCCUGGGAAACUUAGGACUGAUUGUAUUGGUCAUUGGGGAUUCCAGGCUGCACAACCCCAUGUACUAUUUUCUUACUGCACUGUCUUCAGUUGAUGCCUGUUAUUCCUCUGUUAUCACUCCCCAAAUGUUAGUAGAUUUUAUGUCAAAGAAGAAAGUCAUUUCAUUCCUUGGAUGUGCAGCACAGUUGUUUCUUGCUGUUACUUUUGGAACCACAGAAUGUUUUCUGCUUUCAGCAAUGGCUUAUGACCGCUAUGUAGCCAUUCAGAGCCCCCUUCAGUACUCCGUAAUCAUGUCACCCAGAGUCUGUCUGCCACUUAUCAUCACGUCCUAUGCAGGUGGAAUUCUGCAUGCUGUUAUUCACACAGUGGCCACUUUCAGCCUGUCCUUUUGUGGAUCCAGUGAAAUUAAACACAUUUUCUGUGAUAUCCCUGCUCUUCUUCAAAUUUCUUGUUCUGAUACACAUAUAAACCAACUUCUGCUCUUUUUCUGUGCUGGGUCUAUUGAGCUAUUCACUGUCCUCGUUGUCCUGAUCUCUUAUGGUUUCAUUCUGGUUGCUAUUAUAAGGAAGCGAUCUGCUGAAGGGCUGCGAAGAGUCUUCUCUACCUGUGGCUCUCACCUGACUGCAGUGUCCAUUUCUCAUGGUACUGCUAUUUUCAUGUAUGUGAGACCAAGUUCCAACUAUACUUUGGAGCAGGACAUGAUAGUAUCCAUGUUUUACAGCAUAGUGAUUCCCAUGCUGAAUCCUGUCAUCUACAGCCUGAGGAACAAAGAUGUUAACAGGGCAAUGCAAAAGGUGUUUGGGAAAAGAACAGUUUAA